AUGAAUAAAAAAACAUCAAUACUACCGAAAGGCAAUACACAGCAAGCUCAUGACGAGCCCACAAUGCAAAAUGCAAGGCUAAGGCUAGAUUAUAAAAAGUCCUUCCAGGACGAUUUAUUAUUCUUCCCAGAAAAUAAAGUCUUUAAACAGGAUACAUAUAUUGGAUAUAAUAAUGCAUACAUGUCAUCGAAGGGUGUAAACAAUCCAGUGGAUUCCCCACACAAUCAAGCCGCUUCGUCACUAAGACUGAAUCCCUACGCUCAUCAACAAAGCCAACACAAAGAGAAUCUGGCAUCUUUGUUAGUUCUUAAAAACUUAGAAAAGCAGCAGCAACAUCAGCAACAGCAAGAACAAAUAUAUGCACAAAGUCACCUACCCUCUCAAACGUUUUCUUUCAAAAGAGGUGGCCAGACGUACUACUCUCAAUCACAACAUUUGCCGCAUUAUGGAGAUCAAAACCAAAAUGUAAAUAGCUAUGUCAAUAUGAGAGUGAGAAACUGA